GACUAAGCAACCAUCAAUAAUGAUGGUCUAACUUAGUCUUGCUUGGUACGGUUUUGAUUCACCAAAUGUUCGGGACGCACAAGGAAAAACUCAUAUCAAGCAAUAUAAUGAAGAAGACCAUCAAGAACUCAACUCAUAGACCCGAGGAUAUACUUGUGCAUGCAAUCAAGAAGCGAAGAUCAGCUAGUGGAGAUGUCAAGAAUGCAGUGAAACUCAAGGAAGGAGAGGAUUACUUACGUGUAGAAGAAGAAAUACCUCAUGAUGAUAAUGUUGUUGUUAUUGAUGAUGGUUGUGAUCAUGAUCAUGAUGUUGAUGAUAAUGAUGACGAUGAGGAGGAAAAUGGAAGAUAUUGUAGACGUGAAUUUGAUCAUGGAUACCAUCUAGUGAAAGGCCAAAUGGGUCAUGGCAUGGAAGACUUCAUCGUGGCUGACACCAAAACCGUUAAAGGCCACAAUCUUGGGUUAUACGCUAUAUUCGACGGCCACUCAGGCAGUGAUGUUGCGGAUUAUCUGCAGAACCAUCUCUUUGAUAACAUCUUGAGUCAGCCGGAUUUUUGGAGAAACCCUAAGAAGGCAAUCAAAAGAGCGUAUAAAUCUACGGACGACUACAUUCUUCAAAACGUGGUUGGUCCACGAGGUGGCUCCACGGCUGUGACGGCUAUAGUAAUUGAUGGGAAGAAAAUUGUGGUUGCAAACGUUGGAGAUUCAAGAGCAAUCUUGUGUCGUGAAAGUGAUGUAGUCAAACAAAUUACGGUUGAUCACGAACCUGACAAAGAGAGAGAUCUUGUCAAGAGCAAAGGCGGCUUUGUCUCCCAAAAGCCAGGCAAUGUUCCGAGAGUGGAUGGACAACUAGCGAUGACGCGUGCGUUUGGAGACGGAGGCCUUAAAGAGCAUAUAAGUGUGAUCCCGAACAUAGAGAUUGCCGAGAUCCACGAUGACACAAAGUUCUUGAUCUUGGCUAGCGAUGGACUCUGGAAGGUUUCUACAUAUGAAUGCCAUGGGACGUUAUUAAUUGGUGCACCCAAAGAUAGGACUAAAUCUUGAUUGGUUUCUUUGUCAGGUGAUGUCGAACGACGAGGUUUGGGAUCAAAUCAAAAAGAGAGGGAAUGCAGAAGAAGCUGCGAAAAUGCUAAUUGAUAAAGCCUUGGCUAGAGGAAGUAAAGAUGAUAUCUCUUG